CCCGCCCCAGGGAUGCCCCGCCCCGGUACCGCCCCCAUGCCCAGCCCGGCCCAGGUGGAAGCGGCGGGGAGCGGCGGCUGGUGCCGGCGGGACGGGACCGGGAGCAGGGUCAGGACCGGGGCCGCGCCGAGGUGAGGCAGGAGAUCAGCCGUGUCCUGGUGCUGCCGUGCAUGAAGGACGGAGGAGGAAGAGGAAGGCUGCGGUGGGUGUUUGCCAUCAAGACGUGCUGUGUGGGAUCCCUGCCACUCUUAUGAGCCUGCCAACUGCUGCCGGCCCGAGAUGUCAGCCGGCGACAAGAACAGGGGCUGCCGCUCCAGCAGCAGCCGCCUGCAGAGCAAGAAGCCCCCCAACCUUUCCAUCGUCAUCCCCCCCCGGGAGGCAGAGGAGGAUGGCAUCCGUAAGGAGCCCUCCAAGGUUCCCAUCUACCGAAAGAGUAAGAGCCUGCAGGAGCCCCGCUCAAAAGGAUCUGACAGCUUGGAGCACCGGCCCGGCUUCCGCCGGCAGACUUCCCUGUCCCAGAGCAUCCGCAAGGGCACAGCACAAUGGUUUGGCAUCAGCAGCGACUGGGAGGGGAAGCGGCAGCAGUGGCAGCGCAAGAGCUUGCAGCACUGCAGCAUGAGAUAUGGCAAGCUGAAGCCUGCCUACCGUGACAUGGAGCUGCCCAGCCAGGAGGUGCCCUCCUUCCAAGGCACCGAGUCACCCAAGACUGCCAAGAUGCCCAAGAUCGUGGACCCCCUGGCCAGGGGCCGUCCCUUCCGCCAUCCUGAUGAGACUGACCGUCCCCACACACCUCACCACGUCCUGCCCCCACUCACCCCCAGCGUUGUCUCCUUGGCAUCCUUCAACAGCAUCCGCUCCGGCUACAGCCGCCUGCCGCGCAGGAAGAGGGAGUCUGUUGCCCACAUGAGCUUCAAGGCGGCCGCAGCCCUUCUCCGCGGACGCUCUGUCCUGGAGCCGCUGGCUCCCAAGCAGAGGAGUAACAAGAGGAGCUUCAUGUACCCCAGCUUCAUGGACGAGGACAUGGUGGAUGCUGCCGAUACCCUGGACUCAUCCUUCUUCAGUAAGAUGGACAUGCAUGACGAGACGUACUCCAUGCCCGAUGAUGUCUUCGAGUCGCCGCCUCUAUCGGCCACGUACUUACGCAUGCACCCGGUGGGGGAGGAUGCCAGGUUGUCUCCUGAGGUGGAGCAGCCCACCCAGCGGGAGGGUACCCAGCUUGCUUCAGCCUCAGCUGGCACCAGCCCAGCUCCCCGGCGAGGCAGGCGCAUCGCUUCCAAAGUGAAGCACUUUGCUUUUGACCGCAAGAAACGCUACUACGGGCUGGGGGUGGUAGGGAAGUGGCUGAACAGGACGUACCGCCGCAGCCUGAGCAGCAUCGUGCAGUCGCAGCUGGAGAUCACAGACAGCCACCGGCCGUAUUUCACAUACUGGAUCACCUUUGUCCACAUCCUCAUCACCUUGCUGGUCAUUGGCACCUAUGGCAUUGCCCCCAUUGGCUUCACCCAGCACGUGACGACAGAGUUAGUGCUGAGGAACAAGGGUGUCUACGAGAGCGUUAAGUACAUCCAGCAGGAGAACUUCUGGAUCGGGCCCAGCUCGAUCGACCUGAUCCACCUGGGAGCCAAGUUCUCCCCCUGCAUCCGGAAGGAUCGGCAGGUGGAGCGGCUCAUCCAGCGCGAGCGGGACCGGGAGCGUGGCUCUGGCUGCUGUGUUCAGAACGACAACUCGGGCUGCAUCCAGACCCUGCCGCAGGACUGUUCGGAGACACUAGCAACGUUCAUCAAGUGGCCAGGCACCAAUGCACCGGCCAGGGGCUCGGGUGAGAAGCGGACAUCAGGGGCUGUGUGUCACCAGGACCCCAGGACUUGUGAGGAGCCAGCAUCCAACCCACCCCACGUGUGGCCAGACGACAUCACCAAGUGGCCGAUCUGCACCUACGAGACCAAAACCAACCACACGGGCUUCGCCCACAUGGACUGCCAGAUCAAGGGCAGGCCCUGCUGCAUCGGCACCAAGGGCAGCUGUGAGAUCACGACGCGGGAAUACUGCGAGUUCAUGCAUGGCUACUUCCAUGAGGAGGCAACGCUCUGCUCACAGGUGCACUGCCUGGAUGAGGUCUGUGGUCUCCUGCCCUUCCUCAACCCAGAGGUCCCCGACCAGUUCUACCGCCUGUGGCUGUCCCUGUUCCUGCACGCUGGCGUCAUCCAUUGCCUGGUGUCAGUGACUUUCCAGAUGACAGUGCUGAGGGACCUGGAGAAGCUGGCAGGCUGGCAUCGCAUCUCCAUCAUUUUCAUCCUCAGUGGCAUCACGGGCAAUCUGGCCAGUGCCAUCUUCCUGCCGUACAGGGCAGAGGUGGGCCCUGCUGGGUCCCAGUUUGGCUUGCUAGCCUGCCUCUUCGUGGAGCUCUUCCAGAGCUGGCAAGUGCUGGAGAAACCCUGGAAAGCCUUCCUCAACCUCUUCGGCAUUGUCCUCUUCCUCUUCAUCUGCGGCCUUUUGCCAUGGAUAGAUAACAUCGCUCACCUCUUUGGCUUCCUCAGCGGCCUCCUCCUCUCCUUUGCCUUCCUGCCCUACAUCACCUUUGGCACAGUGGACAAGUACCGUAAGCGAGCCAUGAUCAUAGUCUCCUUGCUGGUCUUCAUGGGGCUCUUUGCCUCGCUGGUGGUCUGGCUCUACGUCUACCCUGUGAACUGGCGCUGGGUGGAAUAUCUCACUUGCCUGCCCUUCACCAGCAAGUUCUGCGAGAAGUAUGAGCUGGAGCAGGUCCUGCACUGACUCUGCUGGUGGGGCUGGGGCUGGGAGAGGCACCGGCAGUGAUGCUUCCUGUGGGGUAGGUCUUCCUUAGCCUGGAGGAAACGGCAGCAGCUUCUCUGGGGUGGGACAGACCCUGGGGCACAGCUUCACCCUCGGGCUCACCCCUGUUAAACACUGGGGAUGCAGUGGGGAGCAGGGCUGGAGCCAACCCUGCUUUGCACCCCUUUGGGGCUGCCUCUUGACCCUGAAAAAGCCAUAACUGGUUCGGGUGCUGACCCUGGCUGCUGCCUGCAUGGGGAAAGGGCCGAGGGAAGCGGGAUUUUGGUGCAGCCAUGGCCAGGCUGGGCUCCCAGCCCUGGGGCUGAAGCUGCUGAGGUCUCCUGCCUGUGCCUCUGCCUGCCUGGGACCCCAUCCCACCUCGGUGCCCCCUGGGUGCUGCAGCUCAUACUGUGAACACAACCCCCUUUUUUGCAGGGGCACUUUUUUUAUUUUUAUUCUUUUACCAGCAGCUCUUUAGGCUGAGGGUUUCCCCCACUUUGGGCUCCCCAGGACCUCUGCUGUGGCCAUGAGGUGUUCAAUGCUGGGAUUUGAAGGUAUUAUUCAGCCCCACUCUAGCAUCUGAUGCUCCCUUGAGGCCAUAGAAGGAGACUUGUACUUUCCACCUGGGUUCCUCGUGGGAUGGAGAGGCAGGACUUGGGCCCAGAGGGACUUCUUUUCCCUUUAUUUCAGUGAAAUUACAUUUUUGGAAGCAGAGAAGCAGCACAUACUGCAUUUGUAGUGCCAUGCCAAGGAGGCAAGCAUGGAGAACAACACCCUGGAGGGGUGGGGGUGUUGUGUGGCAGCCCCUGAAACCCACAGACCUUUUGGGAAGCCAUUGGUGUUCCCACCUUUCACUCUGCCUCGAGUCCCUGCUGUUACCCCUUUCCCUUUCUCAAAGCAUAGAGACCUGGGUAACUCUCCUUCCUCAAACAGAGAAGUGCUGAGGGGGGCAGUUGCCUUCCCCCUCCCCCGCCCGAGGCUGUACGUCCCCACCUACCCCUAGCCCUGGGCUGCUACUCCCCAGCAUCUCCUCCUCCCUCCCACCGGCUGUGGCAUGAAGGCAGGUCCUUCCUGGGGUCCGGGUGACCCCUCUGGGCUGGUUUGGACCCAGGCUGGUGCCAGGCUGUCCCUCCCCUGGUACAUGUUGCUUUGGUGCUGCUGGGGCUCAGCACUGUUAAAUGGAGGAAGGUGGGAAUCCCCCAGCCGGGAUGUCCUGGCGUGAGUAUUCAAGGGCUGGGAGCUCCGCUCCUGUUGUCCAUAACUGUUCCCCGGCUGAGCCCAGGAGCUCUGUGGCACCUUGUGUCCCUCCUUCCACCAUGGGCCAGUUCUCAUCCCUGCUCUGUCCCUCUGGUUGCUGCUCCAGCCAAAGACAGACACUUCACCUCAUUUGUCUCUUUUUGAUACUUUUUUUAAAAGCUGUGGGUUUUUUCCCCCCCUUAAUAAAUUUCUACCUGUAUUUAAUGAGA